AUGAAGUUUCAAACGUUGCUUUAUUGUACUUCUGUGCUAGCUAGUAGCUAUGAUUACUAUGACUCAGCAACCAAAACAUAUUAUUUCCAAGAUGAAAAAGUUCUCACAACGUACAACUAUGAGCCACUAAACCACUUUACAAAUCAGCCAUACGUAUCUAAUGGAUACUUUGGUUCAAAAAUCCCAAAUCUUGGUUUUGGGUUCGCGUACGACCAAAAUGAAAACUCAAGUAGCUCCCAGUUAGAAGCCGGUUGGCCACUUUUUAACAAGAGAAAUUCCGGCGCUUAUAUUGCGGGCUUCUACGAUGCACAAGAGAAUACUACGGGCACGAAUUUUCCUGAUCUUCUUAAGAACGGAUACGAAAGUGUAAUCAGUUCUAUUCCUCAAUGGACACAAAUGAGAUUGGAGAUCACAUUAAGUGAUGGACAACAAUAUAUUCUUGAUCCUAAUGAUACUUCGUCAAGAGGCGCAAUCUCUGGUUAUACGCAAAGUCUUGAUCUGAGUACUGGAAAGGUCACUACUUCUUAUAUUUGGCUCGGCUUAUUACAUUUGAGAUUCACCCUUGUUGCACAUAGAGAAAUAGCACAGCUUGGACUUGAACGACUAGAUAUAACCUUAUUAGGCGAACCUGAUUUAAUAUCCAAUCUUCAGAUUGAGAGCAUUCUUGAUUUUAAUUCAACAAGUAGAUGUUGGUUGCAAGAUACUGGUAUUGAUACUAAGAGCAACUCCAUAUACAUGAAUGUCACUCCAGAGAAUGUUCCAUACAUAACUGCAACUGUUUUCUCCAAGAUAAAGGCAGAUCCUCCAAUAAUGUUUAGUAAUUUUGUAAAUGAAAGCAUGGUUGGAUCAAGAGCAAAUGUCACUUUUUCAUCAGAAAACAGGCAAAGUACGAUUUUGAAGUUCGUUGGAAUAUUGUCUGACGAUUUAAAAUCUAAUAAUGAUUCGACAAGCACUUUUGAAGAUGCCAAAUCAAUUGUUCUGGCUGCUUUUGAUGUUUCUUGGGAAGAACUUCUGAAUUCUAAUGAAAAAGCAUGGAAGACUCUUUGGGGAGAAAGUGAAGUUAUUGUUUCGAACAACGAGUACAUGACAUUAGCAGCUGAAGCAAGCAUAUUUCAUCUAUUAGCAAAUACGAGGACUUCGAAUGUUGAUUUAACUUCUGCCUUAGGAGUUACAGGAUUAAGUUCUGAUGGAUAUGCUGGAAUGAUAUUCUGGGAUUCAGAUUUGUGGAUGCUUCCGGGAAUUCUACCAUUUGCACCUUCGGUGGCUUCAUCAAUAGAGAAAUAUCGGUAUUACAUGCACAAACAAGCAGUGCUAAAUGCACAAUCCCAUAGUUUCAAUGGUUCUGUUUACCCUUGGACUUCUGGAAGGUUUGGAAAUUGUACUGCUACUGGACCUUGCUUCAACUAUGAGUAUCAUAUUAAUAUUGCUAUAUGCUAUGCAAUACAUGAACUUUACUUAAGUGGAGCAAUCGAUGAUAACGUUCUUUUAGAAGAAGGUUGGCCAAUUUUCAAGGACAUAGCAGAUUUCUUUUCAGAUUAUGUCCUGUUUAAUGAAACAUUGGGCAAAUUUACUACAUACAAUUUAACUGAUCCUGAUGAGUAUGCAAACCAUGUUAAUAGUGCUGCAUAUACUGCUAUUGGAAUUGCUCAGGUAAUGAAAUGGGCCUUACUAUUUGGCACACAUCUUCACCAAAAGGUGAAUCCGAUUUGGAAGCUCAUCAGAGAUAAUAUGUAUCUCCCGGUCAAUUCAGAUGGUGAUAUAACAUUGGAAUACGAUACACUGAACUCUACUAUUUUGAUAAAGCAAGCAGAUGUGGCACUUAUCACAUAUACUGAUGAUCAGGAUGAUUUUCUUACCAAAACCUACAACUACACAAGACAAAGAGCAUACAAUGACUUGGUUUAUUAUACUCAAAGACAAAGUCCGGAUGGUCCUGCUAUGAGCUAUCCUGUUUAUCUUGCAGUUAAUGAAAAAGUGAGCAAUAAAGGCUGUGGCUACCAAACUUACCUUGAACAGUCUGUGAAGCCAUUUUUGCGUUUUCCAUUUGCACAAAUGAGUGAGCAAAGCAAUGAUGACUAUGACACUAAUGGAGGAACACAUCCGGCGUUUCCCUUCUUGACUGGGCAUGGUGGUGUAGUGCAAUCAUUUACUUAUGGGCUUUUGGGAAUUAGAUUUUCAUAUCAGACGCAACAAAAUGGGGUUAUACAGAGAGUUUUACACGUGGAUCCUGUUUAUUUACCUAGAUUUGACGGUAACUACACAAUUCGUGGCUUCCAUUAUUUGAAUGAAAUACUGGAUAUUGAUAUAGACAACACGUGUCUGACAGGAAAGUCAAAUGAUGGUUGCUCUGCUAUUUUUACAAGUCAUGGUAUAAAAAAUGAGCCCAUCUACAUAUUUGUUGACGGUAGAAAUAAUGCUUCUGGUUUAUACAUGCUACCACCAAAAGCCACACUUUCAGUUCCUUUGUUUAUUCCUCAAAUGAAUCUUGAAGGUGCACUUACCGAAUGCUUUGCCGAUGUCGUAUCAAUAACAGAGGGAGUUAUUGGAGAUGUAGUCAGUUCCAUUGUUGAUGGUGACAAUUCUACUUAUUGGCAAGCUGCAACCAAAUCUGACUCAGCCAAGGUUGUCAUUGAUUUAAGGGAAAAUCAGUUAUUUAAUCACGGAUCCAUUGUCUGGGGAUCCAGACCAGCCUCCACCUUCUCUGUGUCAAUUAUUGAAAAUUGCACAUUCUUGAGUAAUGAUGAUUUUAGCUUUCUACAGGAAAAGCUUAGGCUGGGUGAUGAAGAUUUGUUCCUUGAUGUUGAGACCAUCCUUAAAGAUGAAUCGGUACUGGUUACCAACCCUUAUAUGCCCGGAGAUAAUGACAUUAAAAUACAGUCUUUCAAUUACACAAAUUUCGACUUGGGCCAAAACUAUACAGCACGGUACGUUAUCUUAGAGGUGAAAGGUGUAAUAGAUAAAGAUAUUGAUGAUCGAGGUGCCGAAAUCGCAGAGUUUGCUUUAUUUUGA